AUGCAUACAAAGGUUGUUGAUACUAAUUUUCUUCCUGUCUUUUUCUUUAUCUAUUUCCUGAAUUUUCUUCUUGAAUUUUUUUUUUCUUUCUCUUCCCUGAAUUUUCAUUCAUGCUUUGAUUCUAUUUUGAGAAUUUUUCUUUUUUCAUCUACUUUUCAAAUUUUCUUUCUUUUCCCAUUUAUGAACAUCUUUUCUUUCUCCUUUUUUUUUCUUUCUUUUCAACUACAAUUUUUCUUUUUCUUUUUUUUCAGGGCCACACCUGGGAAAACCAUAGCUCCAGUUUCUACUUCUGCCCUAACACACCAGACUAGUGGUGGGGCUACAACCACAAUUGCUGGUGUUUGUGAUACAACUACAUUGGCCUCCUCUGCCAAGUGUUCCCAAGACGAGAUCGAUCCUCUCAUUGACCUGUCAGUAGCAAACAAGAACAUUGACUUAAAGAGCCAACAAUUACAGGACAAUCUUCGCAACAACACUGAUGACUUGUUGAACUUCAACAGCAUCAACACAACGCAGCCCAAAGACAAGAUGUCACUGAACUCAUUUAAGGAUACCAUGCUGGCUGGAAAUAGUAGCAAACUCAGCAGUAGCAGCAGCAGCAGCAGUGACCCCCUGAGGACUCUUUCUACAUCCUGUCCUCAGAUGGGGUCAGCAGCCGCAGUCGCCACUGACCACAGCAUCCGUGGGACAGACCUUCAUCCUGAUGGUGGGAUCCCAGACCCUCAGAUUGAUGCGUCAUUGCUGUUAUCUUUGCCUCCAUUUACGUCUUCAGAUUUUUUGUCAACCACACUCCAUUCAAAGCCUGUUACUUCUACUUCUUCUUCUACAAGCCAGCCCACGACGUUAAUGUCGAUAAAUGGAGCCCCCCAAAAUGGCCUGUGUGGUGAAGAUUCCAAUGAUUGCUAUCCCAGCCCUCGUCAUUGUCAUGGUAGCAACAGUAGUAGUGACAAUGGUGUUAUUUCCCCUGUUGGGAGCCAGGAGGACACGCCCUCGGAAACCUCCUCCGAGCAGCCAGGCACCUGUGGUUCCGCUUUAUCAAUGGGAGACGUCGGCGGUGGCAAAGACCUAACCAGUCUUGCAGACGAUGCUGAUAAUGGUAACGGUGAUGAUGGCAUCAAAACCAAACAAAGUGUUUAUCUUAAGAAUACUAUCACUUCUCUAAGUAAUGAGAUGAACUUUUCCUCAUCGGAGACAAGCCCCAUGUCAUGUGUACAGUCCACUACCCUUGCCAACAGUGAUGUUAAUCUAGUUCCUGGCCAACUGUCUCCAUUCAUUAGCAGUUCUGCCAGAAAUCCUGAUUCUUUGUUGAAGGCAACACCAGGAAAUUAUCCUUGUUCUGUGGAUUAUCUUUGGCAGCAAUUGGAAAAACUGAUGCCUCACAAGCAUGAAAGUGUGAACAAAAUGUUGCAUCAGUAUGGAAUUGGUAAAGGUGUGGGAUCACUCCAUGGCAGGGAGAAUUCCGAAGAGGAUCAGUUCUGGGACAUUGUUCAAAGCAAAUCUCUUUGUACUCUGAAUAUAGCUUAA